AUGGAGAAAUCUACGGCCACCGCUCAUCCGGCAUCGGCCGCCGGGCCUAAGGUGUCACAGAUAGCAAACCUUUUCCAGCGCAAACCCGUCGAACUGACGCAGGAGAUACAAACGCGCGGUGACAGACCAGCACCCGACAGUACCGCCGCAACUCACUCCCCAACGGCGACAGUCGUACGGACAGAAUCGCACGCCGCUCGGUUCAACAACGCUCGCGCCCUGUUCGAAAAGCUCGGUGAGGGGCGGGUCAAUCGCCCUCCGCCCUUCAGUAUUAAAAUGUCACAUUCCAGCAGCAAGGAGGACAAUCUGUCCGAUAUCGGUUCCGGACCGGACCGAUCACCAUCGCCAAAGAGAAAGCAACUGCACGGCCCGCAGCAGCAACCCGCGUCAGCGAUCAGCAACGGCAUCGGCAAGCUUGACUCGAACCGCAUCCUCAACCAAUCACGGCUAAAGUCGGAAAAGCCAGAAAAGCCCGAGAAACCAGAACGGAAGUUUAAUUCCCGUGAGCUAAUCGAAAAGCAGAAGAACUGGACGUCACACUUCUCGAAGACGCGCACCACAAAGGGUAGCGGUGCGAGCGAAUUCAAUCGGUGUGACAUCAUCCGGACGGUACCGGGUACGGGUAUCAUUGCCGGGGCCGGAUCGAACACGGUUACCCCUGCAGCACCGCCGGUUGGUUCCGGGCCGACCACAAACGGCAACUAUUCAGCCAUUCCAAAUGGAAGUUCGAAGGAGCAGCUGCCGUUCGUUGCGGAACGGAACGGACCUGCUCUUAACCAUGGGCAUGCGCCCUUAAUUAGCAGCCACCAUCGGCUACCAUCUCCAAGCGAACCUCCGCCAAGCCCACCAAAGCGCCAGACGCCUCCGCCGCCACCACCGGACAAAGGUCCACGGACGGCUAAUUUAAGACAAAACUCAUUCCCGAGCCCAACAAAGACACCGCCAGCGGUUCCGCCGCACGCCACCGAUCCAAGCUCCCUUAGUCCGACCAAGCUGAGCCCGGAGAAGCUGAAACCUCCACCGAGACAGGCAGAACCACCUCCGGUAAAUGCCACACCGCACGCUAAUUUACCCCCGAUUGCACCUGUGCGAAGUAGUACCACGGUGCUUACCACGGUAAAUCACCACCAGCAACAGCAGCAGAGUGUCAGUGGCGCCAGCAUCGAACAACAAGUGCCACCACCACCGCCGGAGAAAGCAGUCCGGAAGAAAUCGCUCGAAGGCAAUCUGGACGAACGACAGUCUGGGCUACCGGUGGGUAAUGGAGGUAGUGGUGCAGCAAACUUCAAGUAUCCCGAACUGGGAGCCCUCGCCAGAAGGCAAUCAUCCGAGAAGGAUACCGGAUCGGGUGGACUAACGUCACCCGCACAUGCCAUCAGUUCCUCGCCCAGUCCGGGUGCGAGUGCAUCAUCCGGUCCUUCUUCGCCGAUUCACACCGAGGACGAAAAGCAGGAGAAUGAAUCGACGGAAAAGUUGAUGAAGGUUGGCAGCAGUGAGCGGGAAGAUUCACGCGCCGAAGACUCACCUCCGGCGAACGACUCGAAGACGGUAGAGGAACUAAAUGGAAAAUCCUCACGAACAGACGAUGAACAUUCCGGUGAGCAACAGCAACAGCAACAGCAUGGCGGUGUUACGCGCCGCACGAAGGUGUCGAGCAUUUGUUUUGACGUUCCAGCCGCUGGACUUGGCAACCGUCCGCCGAGUAUCAUCAGUAGCUCAACCACCACGGACGAAGGUGGCUUCAACGAACCGUCGCCAGAAAUCAAAGCCAAACUUAAACCGGCCUAUGAGUUUGAUCUCCCAUUGCCCGCGUCCCCGCCACGAAAGCUUCCGAUCGGUGAGGAUCGCUCCCCCGUCGGUAGUCCUGCGGAAGCGAAACUGACGUACGCCGAUUUGGGCUAUCGGGUGCGACCGGACGGUACGGAAUGUGAUGAAAUCUACGGCGAGGUGGAUGUGUAUCGAAGUGCCAACGCAAACAGCAGUAUUAACGGAAAACCCCAACCGGGCGGCAUUCCCAGCAAAGUGACGGCCCACAACCGAUCGCAACCUUCCGGAGCGAGCGGUAACAGUAUGCUGAAUGGACAAGGUAGUACGCAGCUGGCGGAACCGCAAGUGGCUGGUGUUCCAUCAGCGAUUACCAAUGGUCGAACCACGUCGGCCGAUCGUGUACUUUACGCAUCCAUCCUGCCGUCCUCCAUCGGUGACAACAGCUCCACAACCACGACUGCCACCGACAGUGAACUGGCGUUUAUGGAUGGUGAACGAGACGAGGCCAAAAUUCUGGACUUCGACGAGCUAAGCGAGAUGGGUGAGAAGGGUUACCAUAGUGCGCAGAUACUGCUCGACCCGACACGAACCACGCUCAGUGAGAUGGAGGAUGACUACAGUACGAAAACGUUACCCGAUCCACCGUCCCUCGCCUCGAUGAGACCACCACCGAUACCGGAAGGGCCACCGCUGGAUCUGCAAGACACGCUGAAGUUCGCGGAUGCUAGCGAUAAUGAGCAGGACAGCCUGUUACCUGACGAGAUGACGGCGGAUGAAGCCGAGCGACUGCUAAGCUCCAGAAUAUUGGAGAACAAGAUCAGACAACGACCGCUGCUCUCAGAUGAACAGGCACGAGAAGUGGAGCAAAUUCUCCUGAACAAUCAAGCCAAAGCGGAACCGGAAGAACAAUCCGCACGGGUAGUGGCAAGCACUCGCCAACAGGUACCGUCAGUUCCGGAGCGUGAACCUGCAACCGGGUCAGCCGCCAAACCUCAACACCAAUCGCAGCUGCCAUCUGUACCGGUACCGCAAAAGCAAGCUCCAACUAUUGCCACGGCGGACGAGCCUGAUUGGUUGAAGGAUGUUCUCGAGGCACCGAGGAAUGCAACUCCCUCUUCGUCUACGGUGGGAUCUUCAAUGCGUGAUAAACCUCCGCCACCACCACCACCAUCCAGUGCUAGCAGAAACAAUUCAACCACUAGUCAGCCGGAGGACGCGAGCAUCGGCAACAACACGACCUGCGAUUUGCUUAACCAAACUAUUCUCGAUUCCUCCUCCAUUCUUGCCGAUUCGUACGUCGAUACUGGCGAUUCGAUACCGAGCGUUACAACCACCACCUCGGACAGUAUCAAUCUGAGCAAGCAGGAGGAAUCUCCGGGUGAAACGGGUGUUAUAGAAGACGAUGGGGAGGUAACCCAAGAGGACGAAGGUCAGGAUGAUGAGAAGGAUAUGGCCAGCGGUCGGCAAGGAGCGGUACACCGACAGCAUAUAAUCGGUGUUGAGGCUGUCAGUGAGGCAGACGUUUCCGCCGACGAUGAGUCAAACAAUUCGGCCGGGUUCUACAUUCCCGAGUAUCCGCCCAUACGCUGCAAGGAGGUGUACGUUAAUCCGGACGGGGUGCAUUUCUUCGAGGAUGGUAACUUCUGGAUGGAGGUACCGGGACUGAUAGAGGCGGAACGUGAGCUCGAUGAUGAUGAUCUGCGUGGGUACGUGAAAAAGAACACAAAGGUGAAGUUCAGCUCCAACCCGAUGCAGGUGUUUUCAACGUUCUCGGUGAAUGAUUACGAUCGACGAAAUGAGGACGUCGAUCCGGUGGCUGCUUCGGCAGAGUAUGAGCUGGAGAAGCGUGUCGAAAAGAUGGACGUCUUCCCGGUGGAACUGAUGAAGGGACCUGAGGGUUUGGGAUUGAGCAUAAUAGGUAUGGGUGUCGGAGCGGACGCUGGCUUGGAAAAGUUGGGUAUCUUUGUUAAAACCAUUACAGAUAAUGGUGCAGCGGCACGUGAUGGAAGAAUACAGGUGAACGAUCAAAUAAUUGAAGUCGAUGGUAAAAGUCUAGUCGGUGUAACGCAAGCGUACGCAGCGUCCGUUCUGCGUAACACUUCCGGGUUGGUACGGUUCCAAAUUGGACGCGAGCGUGAUCCGGAAAAUUCGGAAGUUGCUCAGCUGAUCCGCCAAAGCUUGCAGGCAGACCGCGAGAAGGAGGAACGCGUUAAGCGACAGCUGGAGGACUAUAUUCGUCGAAAUGCAGAAAUCUCCGAAGAUAGUACAUUACCGGUAUCGGCAAACUCCAGCGUAUCGGAAGGUCCCGUCAGUCCGACGACAAAUGCGGCCGAAUCACUGUUUGAAACUGAAGCCGCACGAAGCAGUGACGUUGAGUCGUUGCGCCGAAUCCUACAGGAGAACCUUAAAACCAUUGCACUGCAUGAGGGCGACAUACUGAACCUGAAGCAACAGCUCAUUAAAUAUCAGCAGACCUGCAACGAGGCUGAGCUGCUGAAUGAGCGCGUUAAGCAAACGGAGCGUGAACUGGCCAACAUUAAAAAGGAAGCCAACAACUACCAGAACAUGUUGCAGCAAUCGCAGGCACAGUAUUUGGUGCUGGAAAAGAAGUACAGUCGGGUUAAGAAAAUACUGCGCGACUAUCAGCACCGGGAAAGGGAUAUGAUUCAGUUCCAGGAGUAUUACUUGCAACAUCUGCAAGAGAAAGACACCGAGUACAAUGCGCUGGUAAAGAAGCUUAAGGAUCGCGUCAUCAGCCUUGAGCAAGAGCUGCAAGAAACACAGCGAAAAGCCGGCUUCCCGGUAAUACUGCCGUACGACAGUGCCAGUCUGAAGCUGACGCCUCAGAUGUCCCGCCGCCAACCGCCCAAACCCGUCUUCCAGAAGCUGGAAACGGAUCUUUCCGAUACCGAGUUCAGCGAUCUUUCGCCGGACGGUGAAGGUGAGGACGGUAAAACGGCAACUGUCGAGCGCAAGGUGCCUCCGUCAGCCAAGGACGACGAUCUAGACGUGGCCGUGCCACAGCAUGAACUGCUAGAUAAUUCACUGAACAAGGGGAAAAGCGAUUUAGUUGCGAGAGGAGGAUUAGCGAAGCGUAAUCUGCCGGGUAAACGCAGUCACAGUAAUAGCGGUUCGGAUUGUGCCCUGGAUGAAAGCGACGAGGAGGGUCAUAUGACGAGAAGCACAACCGGUACGGAAGGUUCGCACGAGUACAGUGGGCUGUACAGUACACCGCAGAUCGUGAAUCGUAAGGUGGCCACGCUGAAGGGAGAAGACUCCGGUCCGCCAGUGUAUGCCCAGGUGAACAAAGACCGAAGUUCCGCAGGUGGGCACACAGAUCAACAGCAACACACGACGAUACCGAACAUUUACCGUACCGCUGUUGGAUCGGAUAAUGGGAAGCUAAACUCGAGCUACGGUUCGGAUCUGAAUGCCUCUUCGUACGAUAGCGAUCUCGGUUCGUCGACGGAUAAGCUGAAGGAUAGUGGACUAUCGAGCGAUAGCUGGAUGUACCCAAGCCGACGGCCGAAGGGCCUGAAGGGCAUUACGCCGCCGUUGUUAGCGGAGCAACUGAAGGAGCGGCUGGCGGAACGCGAAGGUCGUCGUGGUUCCGGCGGUGGGAUGAUCGACGACGGAUCGUCGCGCGACUCAAGCGACGAUUACUCCGAGAUUAACCAACAGCAAAGACACAUCAGUCCGGCAGCAUCGUUGUCGCAAAAUUUGCUGGUGGAAAUCAAGAAAGCUGUCAACGAAGCACAACCGAAAGUGAAAAACAUACUUCCACAAAAUUUAUCUCCUCCAGGCGGAAAUGGUCCAUGGCAGCAGCAGCCACAGCAGGGACAAUCCACCAGCAGCGGCCCGACGGCAGGUUCGCAGGGCCCUCCAUCGCCGUCGAGCGUCUCGAGCGGAUCGACCUCACCCGGCGCCUACUCGCCGAGCCGUACGCUCGACCUUUCCGGCUCAACGUCCAGCUUCUCGAGCGAUCGCAUCCGUGAUACACACCAGUGGAAAAACGGUCCCGUCGAAGAGUGGUCAAACGAACAGGUAUGCCAAUGGUUGCUCGGCAUCGGUCUUGAUCAUCAUAUACCGGCCUUCAUGCAGCACUCGGUCGAGGGUGGCGCACUGCUACAGCUCGACAAGCCCGACUUUAAGAUAUUAAACGUGGGUGGAGACGACAAGAAGCUACUGAAGCGUAACAUUAAGGAAUUGCGCCGACUGAACGAAAAGGAACGCAAGCAGAACGAAAAGGAGCGACGUGAACGCGAAAAACUGUUCAAAAAAGCAGAAAAGAAAGCCGAAAAGGAGCAGAAGAAACGAUACCAGAAGUAA